ACAGAGUGAAAAAGGAGAGAUUUAAGAAGCUGCGUUGUUAUCGUGCAUCAAUUGGACGUGGUUCAUCUGCCAGUUGAACAAUUCUGGUGGUCUAAAAAGAAGAAAAAGCAUCGUAUGAGGUUCUUGACAAAUGGAAAUGCAUAAAAGAGGGACCAUUUUUGCACUGACGGUGUGUUUGUUGAUUGCCGCAGCAGUCGCGCAGCUGUCUUUCAAAGGUGGUCAUUGCCCAUUGAAGGACAGCGUGUCGAAAUGUUUUCCUAGAUGCGUUUCGGAUUUUCAAUGCUCCUUUAAUGAAAAAUGUUGCCCAAAUAAAUGCCGCACUGAAUCGUGCGUACAGGCUAGUCUGAUAAAUACUGGUAGUGGAUACAAAGGGUCACAAAAUGAUGGCGUUUAUUGCGCAGGCGUGAAAUGUGGUCCAUAUCAAAAAUGUCAAUUCGAUCGUAAAACUAAACGCGAAAAAUGCGUUCGUACAUAAGUGAAUUUUCGACUGCAUCCGUUAAUUUCAAUAAAGCAUGUUUUAAUAAUAUCAGUUGUAAUUUAUUGAAUAAAUUUUAAAUUGAACUUAAA